AUGAAGGCCAAGGCCGGCGCCGACUUUGCCAAGGUCCUCGAGACUUUGACGGAGAAGCAGACGUCGGACCUGCACUCGCGCCACGUUGCACUUCUCGAGAGCACGACGCUAAACCACCCACAAGGGUUUCGCCUUGCGGACCUCCCGGUGGUCGCACAGAUCCUGGAAGCCGCGUACGCAAAAAUUGAAGCCGGUGUCGAUGUGCUCAUUGCGCCUGUGUGUGCGUGGACGGCCCACUGCAGCAAGCCGUACCUGCGCACCAAGUCGAACGAAGAAUUUACGAAUCCGCAGCUGCUGCACAGCAUUACGCGUCUUCUCGGUCGGUUCUUGACGUCGUUUGAAGCUCAAAUUCAGGUCGCGGCCGCCGAGACUUUGCUCAACAUUGCAACUGGCAACUGCUUGAGCAACUCGGUGCGCAGCAGCUCCAACGUCGACGAAAACCUCGACGACCAGCGGCCAUUGCCCCGCGACUACUCGCAGCAGCUCAUGGAAAAGUGUGGCAUCGUGCCAGCACUCGCGUCUGCGCUCGAGACGCUCGUCCACGACCAACUUGAAAACGAAGGCGACGAUCCAUCGAGCGGCCGCAUGGACCUGCUCCUCUUCCCGCUUGUCGACUUAGUCCAAGAAGUGUCGAGCUGGGGCCCGAACGCCCAGGCGCUCACGCAGGCCGGGACGCUUGCGUACAUCAUUGAGAUCCUCGACAGCAUCCACGACCUCCGCGACGAGCUCCUCCCGCUCUGCAUGGAGAUCCUAUGGAACGUCCUCGAGUCGUGCGCGUCGGCGACCGCCAGCAUCCAGCGCUGCGUGUCGCGCAGUGUCCUCAUCCACGCGUUUCGCACAACGAAUGCGAUCCACGUCAUGGGCUCGCCACGCACCUUUGACGUGCUCCACAAGCUCUUCAAGCAGCUGCUUCUGCAAGGCCACCGCAAACAAGACAAGGAGCUCCGCAACAUGUGCCUCAUGAUUGCCGACAUCCUUGCGUCCAAGCGGCGCAACAUCCCGUGCUUUGAAGCCUCGCAAUGGCUGCACACGCUACUCGCGUACGCGACCGCCUGCGAAACCGGUCACUUGGCUGGCCUCGCCAAAGCCACCAACUUUGCGAGCGCGAGCGACGAAGACUUCGAGCUCAAGCACAUUUUAUGGAUUCUCCUCUCGGACAUUUGCACGGGGCACGAGGCCAUGGUGCCAAUUGUCGCCGACUCGGCGCUUGUCGAUGUGCUUUUGAUGUACGUCGCGAUGCGCCCGGACGACGCGCACACGGCCGUCGCGACGCAGUGGACGCCGUCGCAGCGCCGGACGCUCCAAGUGCUCGCGCUCAACGUGCUCUCCAACCUCACGGCGUUGGUGCCCGAGCGCUUUAUCGCCGUGAACGGCCACGUUGUGAUCCUCGAAUUCGUCACCGCGGCGACCGACCCGGAAGCGUGUGCGGUUGCGCUCUUGAUACUCAUGCAAGUCGUGACGACGCCGACGCUGCAGCAAGACAUUGGUGACAUCUCGGGCGUCGAAGGCAUGCUGGCGCUCUUCUGCGACUCGUCGCACCCGUGCUCGAUUCGGCGCACGGCCAUCACGAUCUGCAGCCAGCUCUGCGCGCACCAUGCAAGCAACCAAGCGCGGUUCCGUCGUGCGAACGGCGUCAACGUAGUGCUGCAGUCGAUGCGCUUCAACCCGUCCGACGCGGUUCGCCAAGACAAUCUCAUCGUUGCCAUCGUCGGCUGUAUCUGGUCGAGCAUCAUUGGCAACCCCGAGAAUGAGAUCGCUUUCAUCCAGUCGGAAGGCGUCGACAACCUGCUCGACCUUUUGGAGCUCGCACCGCGCAUCAUGUGCGGCCAAGUGCUUGGCGCGCUCGCCGAGCUCUGCGUCAAUUCAAAAGCGUCUGCGUACUACCACGCGUGGAAGAGCAAGAAGCACAUUAGCGCGUCGCAGAUGCUACUGCUCAUGUACGCCGACGAAGAGAAGCGGUUGGGCGUCGCCCGCCCGCCGAGCGGUGUCAUCGCCAACGUCCACCGCCCACUACUCGCCCACGGGCUGGUGGACGACCAGACGCUUGCGACCUCCCCCGAAAAGCGCCCCGUGUCACCGCCGCCAGUGGCCUUUCUGCGGCUCAAGCAAGCCAUCACGCACGCCAAGGGCUUCCGCAAUACGGACCCGAAUCGACGACUCGCGACGGCCACGGAAAAGGUCGACUUGCGGGCCAAGAUCUACGCCGUGCUCGCCAGCGUCGGCUUUUCCUGCAUGGCCGACGACCUCUCGUACGAGGACCAAAUCACGCUCGCGGUCGCAAAGGAGUUUCCGGUGUUCCGGCUCGGCAUGGUGUGGCUCGAUGUCAAGCUCGCGCUCGUUGCGCAUGGCAUCCGGCCCACGUACGCGGACGCAGUUCUGAUCGAGCACCACCUCCAUGAGGCAUACGCGAUCGUCCAGCACGUCCGGCACACGCAGCAUGCGAUCUUUGCCCGGCGGGAGGCCGACGAAGCGACCGAAGAAGACAUUUUCUUUGCGAGCGUCAAGCACCACAAGGAGCAGGAGCUCCAGACGCGCAAGAAAAACACGAUGCAGGUGUCGAGCAUGAAGGCGCAUUUGGAGGCGAAGAAACGCAAGGCCGAAAUGAUGCGCAAGGUGUCGCUGCCGGGCGAGACGGGCGCUAGCAAUAGCUACUUUACGGACCCGCCGCCGAUCUUUCAUGAUUUGUAA